AUGGCAGAAAUUCACCAACAAAAAUUAUAUCGCGAGCAACUUAUUAAAGAAGCAUCGAAAAUACGUUUUUUGGCUAUUACAACUAUUGCUUUAAGUACAGUGUCGCUAGCAAGUGUUGUUCUCGCUAUACCCUUUUUAUUUUUAAAAGUGCAAUCAACGCAAUCGGAAGCAAAAGUUGUAUUUUACUUAAAAUAUAACUUCCGGAAAGAAAAUACAACUUUCCGGAAACUCUAA